UUGAGGAAGUGCGUCUGGCCCGCCCGGCCCGGCCCCCGCGCGCGGCCGGAGCGCAGGGGGCGCAGGGCAGUGGCACCGCCAGGCCCCGGCCCGCCCGCGGGUGUCCGCCCGGCCCUGGCGCCCAGCCCCGCCGCCGCCGCCGCAGAGCGAGACGGCCUUCCGCUCAGCCAUGACCAAACGUCCGUGCCUUCGACCCCACCUCGGGCAGCCACAGCGGUGACCACGGCCAACGUGGAUUUGGGGGAGCAGCCACCCCGAGGCUUCAUGGCUGGCAUGUCGGGGCGACCGCCCAGCAUGUACUGGUGUGUGGGGCCGGAGGGGUCAGCCGUGAGUCCAGAACGCGCCAUGGACACGCACAAUGGUGCCGGGGACAUGGGCAGCAAACUGGCCACACCGGAUGGCGACCCCGGCGGGCGGCGUCCUGGGAUGGAAGACAUUCACGCCGCGUACAAGCGGGGAGACCCCAGCACAGCCCGCCACCUUCUCCGGGAAGCCUGUGAAGAGUGCGCCUCCCAGCGGGAAAAGCGCUGGCCUCCCCGGGGCCCUCUUGCUGUUUGCUUUGACCAGGGCCAGCUCCUGAGCAUCGCAGCGGCCUACGGGGACCUGGAGACCGUCCGCUAUCUUCUCACCGAGAGGCAGGUGGAGCUGCCCACCGAGCCCACGGACGACAACCCCGCGGUGGUGGCGGCGCACUUCGGGCACACGGAGGUCGUGCAGGAGUUGCUCGAGUCUUUCCGAGGUCCUUGCAGCCUCCAGCGGCUGCUGAACUGGAUGCUGGCCCUGGCUUGUCAGCGAGGCCACCUGGGGCUGGUGAAACUCCUGGUCCUGACGUACGGGGCCGACCCCGAGAGCUACGCGGUCAGGAAGAACGAGUUCCCUGUCAUUGUGCGCUUACCCCUGUACGCGGCCAUCAAGGCGGGGAAUGAAGACAUCGCCAUCUUCCUGCUUCGCCACGGCGCUUUCUUCUGCUCCUACAUCCUACUGGACAGUCCCGAGCCCAGCAAACACCUGCUCCGGAGACACUUCAUCGAGGCCAGCGCCCUGCCCAGCAGCUGUUCAGGGAAAGUGCCUCUCCGUGUGAAGUGGGCCCACCUCAAGCUGCCCUGGGUGGACAUCGACUGGCUCAUCGACAUCUCCUGCCAGAUCACGGAGCUGGACCUAUCGGCCAACUGCCUGGCCUCCCUCCCGUCCGUCGUCCCCUGGGGGCUCAUCAACCUGCGGAAGCUGAACCUCUCGGACAACCACCUGGGCGAGCUGCCCGGCGUGCAGUCCUCCGACGAAAUCAUCUGCUCCAGGCUCCUGGAAGUCGACAUUUCCAGCAACAAGCUGGCCCACCUCCCGCCGGGGUUCUUGCACCUCUCAAAGCUGCAAAAGCUGACAGCUUCGAAAAACUACUUAGAGAAAUUGUUUGAGGAAGAGAGUGCCACCAACUGGAUUGGUCUGCGGAAGCUGCAGGAGCUGGAUGUUUCUGAUAAUAAACUGACCGAGCUCCCGGCGACGUUUCUUCAUUCUUUCAAGUCACUCCACUGCCUGAAUGUCUCCAGAAACAAGCUGAAGGUGUUCCCAGAUGCCUGGGCCUGCCCGUUGAAAUGCUGCAAAGCAUCCCAGAAUGCCCUGGAGUGUCUGCCGGACAGAAUGGCCGUGUUCUGGAAAAACCACCUAAGAGACGUGGAUUUCUCGGAAAACGCACUCAGAGACGUCCCCCUGGGCCUCUUCCAGCUCGACGCCCUGGUGUCCUUGAAGUUGCAGGGCAACCAGCUGGUGGCCGUGCCCCCUGCGGAGAAGUGGACCUGCACGCAGCUGAAGACCCUGGAUCUCUCCAGAAACCACUUUGGCAAAAAUGAAGAUGGACUGAAAACAAAGCGCAUUUCCUUCUUCACCACCAGGGGGCGCCAGCGGUCAGGGACUGAGACAGCGUGCCCGCUGGACUUCCCGGCCUUCCUCAGCGAGUCCCUGGAGGUCCUCUGCCUGAACGACAACCACCUGGACGCCGUGCCCCCCUCGGUGUGCCUGCUGAGGAGCCUGUCGGAACUCUACCUGGGAAACAAUCCAGGCCUGAGAGAGCUCCCUCCCGAGCUGGGGCAGCUGGGCAACCUCUGGCAGUUGGACAUCGAAGAUCUGAACAUCAGCAACGUGCCCGCGGAGAUCAGGAAAGAAGGCCCCAAGGCCAUGCUGUCCUACCUGCGCGCCCAGCUGCGGAAGGCGGAGAAGUGCAGGCUGAUGAAGAUGAUCGUGGUGGGGCCCCCGCGCCAGGGCAAGUCCACGCUGCUGGAGAUCCUGCAGACGGGGCGCGCCCCCCAGCCGGGGCACGGCGAGGCCACCAUCCGGACCACCAAGUGGGAGCUGCAGCGGCCGGCGGGCGCCAGAGCGAAGGUUGAGUCCAUCGAGUUCAGCGUCUGGGACAUCGGCGGGCCAGCCAGCAUGGCCACCGUCAACCAGUGCUUCUUCACCGACAAGGCCCUGUACGUGGUGGUGUGGAACCUGGCGCUGGGCGAGGAGGCCGUGGCCAGCCUGCAGUUCUGGCUGCUCAACAUCGAGGCCAAGGCCCCGAACGCCGUGGUGCUGGUGGUGGGAACCCACCUGGACUUGAUCGAAAGCAAGUUCCGCGUGGAGAGGAUCGCGACGCUGCGGGCCUACGUGCUGGCGCUCUGCCGCUCCCCCUCGGGGUCCCGGGCCACGGGCUUCCCAGACAUCACCUUCAAGCACUUACACGAGAUUUCCUGCAAGACCCUGGAGGGCCUGGAGGGGCUGCGGCAGCUGAUUUUCCACGUCACGUGCAACAUGAGGGACGUGGGCAGCACCAUCGGCUGCCAGCGGCUGGUGGGGAGGCUGGUCCCCAGGAGCUACCUGAGCCUCCAGGAGGCCGUGCUGGCGGAGCACCAGCGCCGCAGGCUGAGCGAUGACGUGCAGUACCUGACGGACAGGCAGCUGGAGCAGCUGGUGGAGCAGACGCCCGGCAACGACAUCAGCGACUACGAGGACCUGCAGUCCGCCAUCAGCUUCCUCAUCGAAACCGGCGCGCUGCUGCACUUCCCGGACACCAGCCACGGCCUGCGGAACCUCUACUUCCUGGACCCCAUCUGGCUGUCCGAGUGCCUGCAGCGCAUCUUCAGCAUCAAAGGCUCCCGCUCCGUGGCCAAGAACGGGGUGAUCCGGGCGGAGGACCUGCGCCUGCUGCUGGUGGGGACCGGCUUCACGCAGCAGACGGAGGAGCAGUACUUCCAGUUCCUGGCCAAGUUUGAGAUCGCCCUGCCCGUGGCCAACGACAGCUACCUCCUGCCGCACCUGCUCCCAUCCAAGCCCGGCCUGGACACCCACAGCAUGCGGUACCCCACGGCCAACACCAUCCAGAGGGUGUUCAAGAUGAGCUUCGUGCCCGUCGGCUUCUGGCAAAGGUUCAUAGCGCGGAUGCUGAUCAGCUUGGCGGAGAUGGACCUCCAGCUGUUCGAGACGAAGAAGAACAGCAAGAGCCGCCACCGGAAGGUCACCAUCUACAGCUUUGCCGGGAAUCAGAGGAAUCGCUGCAGCACCUUCCGGGUGAAGAGGAACCAGACCAUCUACUGGCAGGAAGGCCUCCUGGUCACGUUUGAUGGGGGCUACCUCAGCGUGGAGUCCUCGGACGUGAACUGGAAAAAGAAGAAGAGCGGGGGAAUAAAGAUCAUCUGCCAGUCGGAAGUGAGGGACUUCUCCGCCAUGGCCUUCAUCACCGACCACGUCAACUCCUUGAUCGAUCAGUGGUUUCCCGCCCUGACGGCCACGGAAAGCGACGGGACCCCCCUCAUGGAGCAGUACGUGCCCUGCCCGGUCUGCGAGACCUCCUGGGCCCGGCACACCGACCCCGGCGAGAAGGCGGAGGGCGUGCAGUACUUCGACAUGGAGGACUGCGUGCUGACGGCCAUCGAGCGGGACUUCAUCGCCUGCCCCAGGCACCCCGACCUCCCCGUGCCCCUCCAGGAGCUGGUGCCCGAGCUGUUCAUGACCGACUUCCCGGCCAGGCUCUUCCUGGAGAACAGCGAGCUGGAACACAGCGAGGACGAGAGCAGCGUCCUGGGCCAGGGCGGCAGCGGCACCAUCAUCUACCGCGCCUGCUACCAAGGCCGGCCGGUGGCGGUGAAGCGCUUCCAGAUCAAGAAGUUCAAGAACUUCGCUAACGUCCCGGCCGACACGAUGCUGAGGCACCUGCGGGCCACGGACGCCAUGAAGAACUUCUCGGAGUUCCGGCAGGAGGCCAGCAUGCUGCACGCCCUGCAGCACCCCUGCAUCGUGUCCCUGAUCGGCAUCAGCAUCCACCCGCUCUGCUUCGCCCUGGAGCUCGCCCCGCUGGGCAGCCUCAACACCGUGCUGUCCGAGAACGCCAAAGAUUCUUCGUUCAUGCCCCUGGGCCACAUGCUCACCCAGAAGACGGCCUACCAGAUCGCCGCGGGCCUGGCCUACCUGCACAAGAAGAACAUCAUCUUCUGUGACCUGAAGUCGGACAACAUCCUGGUCUGGUCCCUGGACGUCAAGGAGCACGUGAACAUCAAGCUGUCGGACUACGGCAUCUCCAGGCAGUCCUUCCACGAGGGCGCCCUGGGCGUGGAGGGCACGCCCGGCUACCAGGCCCCGGAGAUCAGGCCCCGCAUUGUGUACGAUGAGAAGGUAGACAUGUUCUCCUACGGAAUGGUGCUCUACGAGCUGCUGUCGGGACAGCGGCCCGCGCUCGGCCACCACCAGCUGCAGAUCGCCAAGAAGCUGUCCAAGGGCAUCCGCCCGGUGCUGGGGCAGCCGGAGGAGGUGCAGUUCCAUCGGCUGCAGGCACUCAUGAUGGAGUGCUGGGACACGAAGCCCGAGAAGCGACCGCUGGCCCUGUCCGUGGUGAGCCAGAUGAAGGACCCGACCUUCGCAACCUUCAUGUACCAGCUGCCCUGUGGGAAGCAGACCGCCUUCUUCUCGUCCCAGAGCCAGGAGUACACGGUGGUGUUCUGGGACGGCAAGGAGGAGUCCAGGCCAGGCCGGGAUGAGGGGGGCGGCCCCCGGCCCUGCGGAGCUGACCACGCCAUCGCCACCCCUUGCAGGAACUACACGGUGGUGAACACGGAGAAGGGCCUCCUGGAAGUGCAGAGGAUGGGCUGCCCGGGCAUGAGGCUCAGCUGCCAGAUCAAAGUCCAGAACUCUCUGUGGACGGCCACCGAGGACCAGAAGAUCUACAUCUACAGCCUCAAGGGCAUGUGCCCCUUAAACACGCCGCAGCGGGCCUUGGACACGCCGGCCGUGGUCACCUGCUUCCUGGCGGUGCCUGUGUUGAAGAAGAAUUCCUUCCUGUUGCUGGCGGGCCUGGCGGACGGGCUGGUGGCAGCGUUCCCCGUGGUGCGGGGCGCCCCUGAGGACAGCUGCUCCUACCUGUGCUCGCACACGGCCAACAGGUCCAAGUUCAGCAUCCCGGACGAGGACGUGCGGCAGAACCCCUACCCCGUGACGGCCAUGGAGGUGGUGAACAGCGGGUCCGAGGUCUGGUACAGCAACGGGCCGGGCCUGCUGGUCAUCGACUGCGCCGGCCUGGACAUCAGCCGGCGGCUGGAGCCCUACGCGGCCCCGUCGGCGGUCACCUCGCUCGUGUGCAGCUCGGACUGCGGGGGCGAGGAGGUGGUCUGGUGCCUGGACGACAGGGCCAACCUCUUGGUCAUGUACCACUCGGCCACCUACCAGCUGUGCGCCCGCUACUUCUGCGGGGACCCGAACCCCGGGAGGGACGUGUUUCCCGUGCGCCCCUCGGGCCUGGAGCCGCCGGACGGCCCCGGGGCCAGCCGGCAGGAGCCCGAGGCGGACUCCAUCGCCGACGUGAGCAUCAUGUACAGCAAGGAGCUGGGCACACAGAUCCUGACGCACCAGGACUCGCUGACCGACUACUGCUCCAUGUCGUCAUACUCCUCGUCCCCCCCGCGGCGGGCCCCCCUGUCCCCGGACAGUUCCUCCAGCGUCCUCUUCUCCACCGACGGGGAGGGCUCGGACCGGCUGCUCGAGCCCACGGCCGGUUCCGACAGGUCCGAGCAGGAGCUGAGCCCCGUGGACGGCGAGGCGUUCAGCCAGCACCUGCAGGCCGUGAAGGUCCUGGCUGUGAGGGACGUCAUCUGGGUGCCCAGGCGCGGAGGAGAUGUUAUCGUCAUCGGCCUGGAGCGGGACGCGGGCGCCCAGCGGGGCCGAGUCAUCGCCAUCUUGAAAGCCCGAGAGCUGACGUCAAGGGGGGCUCUGGUGGAUGCGGCCGUGGUGGCCAAGGACACCGUCGUGUGUGGCUUCGAGGACGAAAGCAGCGAGUGGUGCCUGGCCGUGUGGCGGGGCUGGGGCACCCGGGAGUUUGACGUCUUCUUCCAGGCCUACGAGGAGCUGGGCCGGCUGGAGGCCUGUGGGCGCAAGAGGAGGUAGCGCCCGGCCGCGGAAGAAGGAGCGUCGCCCGGACCUGGCUGGCCCAGGCCCGCGGGCUGCCCCCUCCACCUGCCGCCACAGCCCUCCUCUGCGGACCCAGAAGAGAAACCGUGUUCUCCCACGAACGGCUUGCUGCUAAGAAGUGCUGAGACGUCCCCGCCCCAGCCCUGGCCGGUGUGGCUCAGUGGACAGAGCGUGUCGGGCCUGCAGACGGAAGGGUCCCGGGUUCGAUUCCGACCCAGGGCACGUACCUCGGUGGCAGGCUCCUCCCCGGC